AAGCUGUAAAGCUCAGUGGGACCUUACCUGGUAAAAAAAAAAAAAAGUUAAAUUGAAAGAGGUGAGUUUUCAAGAACGACUCAAAUAACAGCUGUAACGACUCUCAUCAUCUUAUUAGCCAAAGGCGCAAAGCGUUGUUCCAAAGCUUGGGAGUUGCACAGCGCAGUCAAAAGUGCGAUGACCCCGUGACCUCGCCCCCCGCCGCCCCGUGUAGACCGUCGAAGACGCGGCCACCACCACCACCACCACCAGCACGGCCCCACCUCGCCCCGUCUUCCCAAGGACUUUCGGCGGCUACAGUCGCGCCGAGGCUCUGUCGGCCAUGCGUACGGGCCGCUUCGGGGACGGCUCGAGGCUGCGCCGUCGCCGGGAUGGGUCCUACGUGGACAAGAGGGGUGCCCUCCUGGGAGAGGACGGGCCCUUCUGGCCGGCGCGACGCGGCGAGCUCUUGCAGAGGCUGCCGUGGUGCGAGGCGGCCGCGGUGUCGGGGGAGUCGAGCCGGGCCCCUUGGAGAGACGCGGUGAAGGAAGGGAGGUCUCCAGGUGAGCGCCUCGCCGAGGCCACGUGGCCGGGAUGUGGGCGGCACGGGGCCACGGGGGGCGGCGGUCGAGCGUCCUCAGCGGCCGCGUGGCGAGGCCGCCAGGUCGUGUUCGACCCCGACCGAUGGGGAACGCGGCCUCUGGUCCCGCUCACCUCGUCCACGUCGUCCACCGACGCCACCUCGUCCACCGCAUCGCUCUCCGCGCCCCGCACGGGGCUCUGUGCGCCCGCGCUGGUCUUUGAGUCGCGGUUCGAGUCCGGGAACCUGAGACAAGCACGGCGAGUGGGCGAGUUCGAGUACGAGCUGGUGCUGCGGAGUGACCUGCACACGGAGCGACACACGCAGUGGUUCUACUUCCGCGUGCAGAGAGCGGUCCCCGGCCCCUCGUACCGGUUCGUGAUCACCAACCUCCUCAAGCGGGACAGCCUCUACAGCCACGCUCCUCCACACGGCUACACGAUGCGGAAGAGCUGCAGCCAGGGGGGGUGGGCGGUUGAGAUAAUAGAGUGGUCGUGA